UUUUUUUUUUUUGAUAAUCCAGGGGUUCUCCACUUACGUGGAUCAUUCCCCUGGGCCCGGUUAGGCAGCGGUCCACUUUACCCGGGAGGACUUUACCUGGGCUGGGGACAAAGACCAACACCCAGUACCGCAUUUGGUGACAGAAUGGACAGUUCGCCUCCGUCUGGCGUCGAACCCGUGAACAUGACAAUUGGCCCACAGGAUCAUUACCAAGUGAACUACCUCGUCCCGUCAAUUAGUGCUACUUUCUAGCAUAUAAACCUUACGAAAUUGAGUUUGAACCAUAAAUUCUCUAUAAAAUAAAAUCUGAAUUUGAAUUUUUCUUUUCUGAAUUUUGGUUAUAGUUUAAAUAUAAAUAAAUUUCAAUUCGUUUCAUUUAAUAAUCCAAAGUCAUCAUGCCGCACGUGAAUGAACUGAAUGGUUCCAAUGAAGAUGGCAGAAAACGUAAAUAACAUUAAACAUGAAACGCACCGUAUCAUUAAUCAAUAAUGGACUAAACGCCGUUAAAACGCAGAGUAAACACUUUAUAAAAGCUCUAUUCCUUCUUCAAACUCCGAGAAAGUGAAGAGAAACGCGAGAAAAUUUUUGUAAAGGAAAAAAAAAAACAUGGACGAAGAUGGUUUUUCGCAAUGUCCCAAACACUUUUCAAAAUGCGGUUUUAUUGGCGUUUGCCCUUUCUGUCUCCACGAACGACUCUCUUCCCUUUGCCCUGACUGUGCUACCGAUAUACCAUGCUCCUGUAGCUCACGCGCCGACGUGUGUUUCUCUCCGUCGUCUUCUUCGUCUUCCUCUUCGUUCACCCUCUUUGCCGGAGACAUUACUUUUAGUUUCCCUGGGAGCGGGUCCGUAGGUCGAGUCGCGAGUUUGAUCGAAUGCGAACCGGCGUUUCGGAGAUCAAAAUCGAUGGCGGUUCCGAUUAAACCGGAUACAGUUGACGAUUCCGGGUCGGGUAUUGAACCGGCUCGUGGGCUGAGUAAGAAAACGGUGUCGUUUUGGAGGAUGUUAAUGGGAAACAGAGGAGGAGAUACGAAGCCGGCGAUCAUGAGGAAGUCGAGAUCUGUUGCGGUCGUGGGAGAUAUGAAAUACCCUCCGGCGACGGGAAAAGGGAAGGGGUGGAGUUUUCCGAGCCCGAGUAAGGUUUUUCGGCAAUCGAAGAUGAUAUUUCAACAAAGCUCUCCAUUGCACAGAGGUUGAGAUUUUCUGCUAGUUUCUUAUUGUUUUUGUUUACUUGAGUUUAAAGCAGGUUAUUAAUUUGUUCAUUUUCACCUUUCUCAAAUCUUUGUAUUAUAAAGUGGAAAAUAUUAAUUUCUUGAUUUGUUUUAAUUGUCAGCGAAUAUGAUUCUUCUUUGUUAA